AUGGCGCUUUUCAAUAUCGGCACACUGACAGUUACGAUGCUGUUUUUCGUGGGCAUUUAUUGGGUCGCUUUGGCAAAAACCAAGAACUUUAUGCAAUCCUGGCGGUUUUUCUCAGCAGACUGCGGAAGGACGACCGUUACCAACACGAUGCUGCACCUGCUGAUCAACAUUUUUUCGACUCUGGUGCUCGCAUCCUCAAACUUCUUCAUGCAAGUUCUAAACGCACCAACCAGAUCGGAAGUCGAUACUGCUCACGCUCAGGGUAGAUGGCUUGAUAUAGGCGUAACUUCUUGGCGGAACGCUUUCUAUCUUUCCCGCUUCAAACGUUUUGCGUGUCUUUGCUUACUUUCGUCAGUCCCUAUUCAUAUGAUGUUCAAUAUGUUCAAGAUCGACAAACGAAUGGCGGAUUUUCAUGUAACAGUCGCCUCCAACGCAUUCAUCGAGGGCGGCUCCUUCUUUCUCCCAGGAGCAAGCAUGAUCAUAAGCAAUACCACAACCAAUGGCAAUCUUGGCGACACGGCCCUCCUGCCAACCUUUCAAGAUCUCGUCACCAACAAUGUUUCAAAAUAUGCUCUCAAUGUGUCGCAAGCAGCUGCUAUAGGUUCGGAAUGGGAGAAACUCGAGCCAGCAGACUGUGGAGGGCUCUUCGAUAUAUCAACGUGUACUGGCUUGACCAACUUUCGCAAUCUCGUCAUAGUCUUGAAGGGCUCUGGAUGGAAAAGAUCUGAAACUUGGAACCUCUCGGCGAAUAAUGACGAGAUGUGGCAACCGAUCUUGCCUCGAGACGAAUUCAAUACCCUAUGGUACAGUGCACAAUGCGCUAUGAGUGGUACCCUUACACGUGACGGUUUUGCCAGCUGCCUCACGAACUGCGAAAAGUUCUUCAAAUGGGAAAAAUGGGAAGAAGAUGAAAGCCGAGUCUCUAUCUCUGUUCAAGACUGGCACCGUUCGCAACCGGUUCCAGAUUACCAUGGCUUUGAGCUAGAUCACUGCCGAGCGGAGCCAAGAAACACAACCUGCAGCGUCGCUCUCGCCAAGCCGCUUCUUCUCAUUGUCCUCAUCUCAAUCUUCGUGAAGAUUCUCACCUGUGUGGUUGGAAUGUUAGUUCUUGAUGACGAAGAACCUCUCGUUACUCUGGGUGAUGCUGUGGCAUCAUUUAUCUCCAUUCAACCACGCCCGGACUUUGUGUCAGGUUUAAUGACGCACUCUAUCCUUCAGGAAAGAGCAAGAGAUGGAACCAUCUGUCAACUACUGGGGCGUCGAAAAUGGGUUCAAAGACAACACCAUCGUUCUCCAGCUGUUCUCACGAGCGCCUGGGUCAAAGCCUACUGUCAAUUCAUUCCGAGUAUUCUCGUGUUGCUGUUCAUCGUCGUGGGUCAAUUCAAGAUAAACAUAACGUGA